GCAUGUAAGCUCCUUACGUCUUCGAAGAAGCCGUUGGUUGCGCGUGUGUAUCUGUGUAACAAGAUCAAGCACAAGGUAGACGGAAGGGAGCUGUCAUGUUACGAUAUCUGGCACACAAGCUGGCAGAACGGGACCAACAUACCUCUAUCAGUGAAGAAUAACCAGAUUCGCGCGCGCACUCCAGGAAGCUCGACAGGCGCUGGUGUUAGCGCAGACGGGAGUGACGUAGACCGGCAGCACGAGAAGCGUCAGCGUGUAGAGACGACUAGGUGA